AUGGGGGGGCACGACGAGAUAAUUAAGUUGUUGAUUGAAACUGGACAGGUCGACUUAGACUGGAAGGAACCCGAUCAUGGUCGAACGCCGCUAUCCAGCGCCGCGGGAAAUGGACAUGACGUCGUGGUGAAGCUGCUUCUCGAAACAAGACAAAUUGAUUUGAACGCAAGAGACUUUGCACUUGCAACACCGCUAUCAUAUGCUGCAGAAUAUGGACAUGGGGCGAUAGUGCAGCUUCUCCUUGAAACCGACAAGGUAGUUGUCGACUCAAAAGAUUCCACCGGUUCAACACCUUUAUCUCAUGCUGCAGAAAAUGGCUGUGAAACAGUGGUCAAGCUGUUACUUGACACCGGACAAGUUGAUGUGGACUCGAAAGACUUUGGUGGUCAAACACCGCUGUCCUGGGCAGCAGCAAAUGGAUUUGAGACAGUGGUCGAGCUGUUACUUGACACCGGGCAAGUUGAUGUGGACUCGAAGGGCCCGGGUGGUCGAACGCCGCUGUCCUGGGCAGCAGCAAAUGGGUCUGAGGCAGUGGUCGAGCUGUUACUUGACACCGGGCAAGUUGAUGUGGACUCGAAGGGCCCGGGUGGUCGAACGCCGCUGUCCUGGGCAGCAGCAAAUGGGUCUGAGGCAGUGGUCGAGCUGUUACUUGACACCGGGCAAGUUGAUGUGGACUCGAAGGGCCCGGGUGGUCGAACGCCGCUGUCCUGGGCAGCAGCAAAUGGGUCUGAGGCAGUGGUCGAGCUGUUGCUCGAGACCGGACAAGUUGAUGUGGACUCGAAAGGCCCUGGUGGUCGAACACCGCUGUCCUGGGCAGCAGCAAAUGGGUUCGAAACAGUGGUCGAGCUGUUGCUCGAGACCGGACAAGUUGAUGUGGACUCGAAAGACUCUGGUGGUCAAACACCGCUGUCCUGGGCUGCAGAGAAUGGGUUUGAGGCAGUGGUUGAGCUGUUGCUCGAGACCGGACAAGUUGAUGUGGACUCGAGGGAUCUUGUUGGCUGGACACCAUUAUUUCGCGCCAUGGUAAAUGGACAUGAGUUAGUGAAAGAUCUAUUAUUGACAGUCGGCCAAGGCCGCGAUUAG